CACCCAAUCUCCCACCUCUCCCCCUCCUAAAAUCUCCUACUCUCCACAGCCAUGAAGACUUUCGCUUUCGCGUGCGCUGUGGCGGCCUGUGCUGGUGGAGCGGAUGCGUUCGUAGGAUCAGUGCGACCGGCGUCUUCGUCGAUGCGGCGUGCGGGGCCGAGCAGCAGCGUCCGCAUGGCGGCAGACGUGACGGUGCCUGACCUCCUAAAACAGACCGAGAAGCUGAAGCUCCUGUCGACGGCAUCGAAGCUGGGGCUUCUCUCCAAACUGGAGGCAGCGGGGCUUACGCUCAAGGACGUUGAGAAGCUUCUCCCCCUGGUGGACGAGAACGACCUGAUCGGUCUCGCCAAGGGCUUUGGCCCGGACCUCCUCAAGGUCGCACCGGCGGCGCUCGCCGCCGCGCCCGCCGCCCUCCCACUGCUCGCUGGCGCCCUCGGCGUGCCCGGCGAGUCGCUCUACCUUGCCGGUCUGGCUUCCUUCGCCGCAGGUGCGGGCUUGGUGACGGUCCUCCCGGACGACUCGGUGUCGAGCAUCGCCAUCGAAACCUUCGUGGCCUUCCCGCUCCUCUUCGUUCUUCCCGCCGUUUGCGGUGUCGCGGGCUUCGCUUUGACUAGCCUCAAGAACGGAAAACUGGUGGACCUCAUCACGUCGACCGCGUCGCCCAAGCCGGCGGCAGCAUCCCCGGUUGCUUCCUCCCCCGCGCCCGUGGCCAUGAAGGCCUCCAAGCCGUCCGCCCCCGCCGCCGCCCCCAAGUCGUCCGGCGGCCGGCCUGCUGUAGGAGCACGGUCAGCCAAGGCCGCCCCUAAGGCCAAGGCGGCAGCGAAGGCCGCUCCCAAGAAGGCUGCCCCCAAGCCGCGCCCCGCGGCGCCCAAGCCGGCGGGGAACAUUGCCAACCUGCCCAAGGCCCUCUAAGGUUUGGAAGAUUCCGGUGGUGGAGGUCGGCAUCCCCAUCGCCUUGCCGCUCAGAUCAAGUCUACCACUUAUUGGCAGGGCGAGAUCCACCAUUUUUUCGGGGUGGUCCUUUCGGCGGCCAACUGUGAGGAGCGCGACGGAUAUAUUUUUGGAAGAAGGCAAGGGGUGGGGGAGGGGAAGAGGGUGCACCUGAACGGCGACUGGCGUUCACUGACGGCAAACGGGUGUUUUUGCCCGGCUGCGUCCAAUGUUCGGAGUUGAAGAUUUUGAGAACAGGGUUGGGGCGCGUAAGCACGCAUGUCCACAUCACUGCUACAUAAAGGAGACUGACUACGUAACCAAAACUUGACGUUUUAGAUCAUCACAGCAACUAAUUUUUGCGACGGAGGUGCUAGCAUACGGGGGGUUGGAGGAUGGAGUUUGUUUCAUGGAUAGACGUUUGAUCCCCGUAGCGGUCGCAGCUGAUGACACGCGAGGGGCUCGGCAUCCUGCCCAAGUUACUUUGAAUAUCGGCUCUCCUCUAUCCUAGUCUGUGCUGUCGGGUGCCCGUGUGUGUAGGCGGUGUUGUGCUCCCGGAGAAGUAGACAGCACACUUUGGAUUGAGGUAAAUCCAGUAGUGACUUGUCCUUUUGUCGGGCACGCCGCUGAUAUAGUCUUCCAGCGGCUACUUUAGGCAACGCAGUUGGCGAUCCUGCAAGGAACGCCCGCGUUUUCAUGGAUUUUUUUCAGCGGAUAGACUUGUUUUGGGUUCGGUUGGUUCGUAGUUGCUCUUCCAGCGGUCAUAGUAGUCCGGUGUAGUGAGCGUCACAAGCAGUGGAAGGCGACUUGGGGAUCACAAACGAAGUGGAGCGAUAUGGCUCAAUCGUCCCCGCGUCGAUGCCUGCGCGAAGAAGGCCAUGACGCGUGCAUUGUGUAGUGGCUGGAGGCGGCAAGCCUGUUUUUUGUCGAGGUAGAGAAAAGGAGACUUGGAGAAUGCAUCCAAUGAAAAUGAUCUUGCUUAGCGUGGAAUUCUUCACACGCACUCCUGAUACAAACUUGCCGA